AUGGCGGACGAUGGCAUGAUCCUCAACUUCGCGGUCAGCGAUGCUCCCGCGAAGACGCAGGUCAAAUUCCAGGGCGGGAAAUGGAGAGAUCGCCUCAAGGCGCAACGGAACGCCAAUCGAUCCUCCACCCCCCAGACAACGAAGCCCACCGAAGCCUUCCCCUCGAGCCAACAACGCUACAUCCCCGGCUCGAAGCCAAACCCCCGACAAAAUGGCGGCGACGGCGAUGAUUUCGACCAGCGUCCCGCGAAACGGAUGCGAGCCGACCCUCACAUGCCCUCCUCCUACCAGACCGGCAAGCUGCCGCCCGGAAGCAUAGUCAUCGGCAAGCGGGAGGGCACUGGUCUAGCCAAGGGACAGGUCACGUCGAAGCUAUUCACAUCCAAUCCCAUGGCGCGCACCGUCUUUGACGACCCGAACGCCGAAUCCAAACCCGACGCCGAACCAGCCCAACCGUCCAAUGCACCUCUCUCCGAGGAGGCCGCCAGCUUCCACGCCCUCGGAAUCUCUCGCCGCCUGGCUCAGGAUCUGUCCGGCAAGGUCAAGCUCAAGGCACCGACAGCUAUUCAGGCCAAGGUCAUCCCGCAGCUCAUCAAGGAGGACAGCGACGCCUUCGUCCAGGCGCAGACAGGUUCCGGCAAAACGCUCGCCUAUCUGCUGCCCAUUCUGCAGCGUAUCCUCGCCGUGGCCGACGAGGGCAAGGUGCGUCGUGACUCUGGUCUCUUCGCCAUGGUCCUGGCGCCCACGCGCGAACUGUGCCGACAGAUUGAUCUUGUGCUGCAGCAGCUGCUGCCCGCAGUGGCUAGUCAGCACAACUGUCAUCGGUGGUGA